AUGAGUGCUCAUCCACUGAUAGAUACUCAUGUUGAUCUACCUUUAAUCUUGAGAGCAGUCAAGGCUGCUGAGCAGAUAGCAGGACCAUACCCCGGUCAUGUCGAUGUUCCGAAAUUGAGACAAGGCAAAUUGGGCGGCAUCUUUAUGGCUGUUAGGGUACCUUGUAGAUCGGGAACAGACUACUUUCUACCUAGUGAUGAUGUAAGGGAUGCGUUGGAACAGGUUGAUCAGAUUCAACUCAUCAUGGAAGAAAAGGAAUUUCAAUAUGCUCGAAGCUCAGAAGAUAAUUUCAAAGCUUUCAAGGCUGGUAAAUUUGCUACUUUCAUUGGUGUUGAAGGAGGCCAUAUGCUCGGUAAUUCGCUUUCGAUCUUACGUAUAUGGGCACAAUUGGGCGUCAGGUAUAUCACCCUGACACACACGGGACAUAAUGCUUUCGCUUCCUCGGCGGGUAGUGAAGAUCCUCUUGAUCCGUUGUACAUUGACGGGCUCACUAAACUUCGCUUGAUUGGUACAGUCAUGAUUGAUCUCUCUCAUGUAUCCGAUGAAACGAUGAGACAGUCCAUACAAAUAUCCAAAGCGCAUGCCCUAUUUUUUCAUUCAGCCGCAAGAGCAUGGUGGGAUCAUCCUCGUAAUAUCCCAGAUGACGUUUUGGACAUGAUACGCAGUGAAGAAGGGAAAAACAACGGUGUGAUUCACUGCGUGUUUUGUGAUAAAUUCGUUGGUCUCGAGGAUCCCACUCUGCAAAAAGUAGCAGAUCUUAUUGAGUAUAUAGCUAAGAACUGUGGUAGAGCUCAUGUGGGCAUAGGAUCCGAUUUUGAUGGCAUAGAUUAUAGUGUCGAAGGGUUAGAAGAUGCUACCAAGUAUCCCGAUCUCAUAUCAGAAAUGAUGGCCAGAGGUUGGACGGAUGAAGAGAUCAUAGGUCUGAUGGGAGGAAACCUAAUGAGGGUGCUGGAUGAGGUAGAUCGAGUACAGCAGCGAUCGAAAGAUCAGGAACCUUCAGGUGCAGUGUAUGAUCAGAGGACGGAUGAUAACUUACCAGGGUUGGCGAGAGGGCAUCUAGAAGAGAGGAGUAACAAUUUAACAUUAGAUAGUAUGUUAUAG